GCCCGAGCUGUUUGAUUGGAGCAUUGUGGAGAAGCAGAAGAGUGCCAUGGAGAGAUUGGAUCACGCCUUCAGCAAGGCUGAGCAAACCCUGGGCAUAGACAGACUGCUGGACGCUGAGGAUGUGGCGGUGCUGCACCCUGAUAAGAAGUCAGUCAUCAUGUACAUAACGUCUCUGUUCCAAGUGCUGCCUCAGGGCGUAACCAUGGAGGCCAUCCAGGAAGUAGAGACUCUGCCUCGGACCGUCGUUAAGCAGGAGGAACACUUCACCAUCCAGACCCAACAACGCUACUCCCAACAGAUCACAGUGAGUGUGUCUCAGGGGCGGGUUCGUACCCCCUCCACCUCUCCUAAUCCUCACUAUAAAAGCUAUGCCUACAGUCAAGCUGCAUAUGUCAAGUCACCUGAACAAAAGAGGAGACGCUUUACUGAGCAGGUCUGUGUCUACUGCUAACUACCUACCCAUCAGGAUGACCUGGAGCGGGGCCUGAGCCCCCUGGCCCCUGGGGCCACCCAGCUGGAAGACUACCAGAGCAUCCUGGAGGAGGUCCUGACCUGGCUGCUGUCUGCAGAGGAUGGCCUGCAGGCCCAGCCCCCCAUCUCCUCUCACGUAGAGGAGGUCAAGGAGCAGUUCCACACACACGAGGGCUACAUGGUGGAGCUGACGUCCCACCAGGGCAGUGUGGGCAGGGUGCUGCGUGCAGGCAGUGCCCUCCUGGGUGAGGGCCAUUUAACGGAGGAGGAGGAGAAAGAGGUCAGGGAGCAGAUGAACCUCCUCAACUCCCGCUGGGAACACCUCAGAGUGGCUAGCAUGGAGAAACAGAGCAGACUCCACGAGGUGUUGAUGGACCUUCAGCACCAGCAGUUGAAGCAGCUCACUGAUUGGUUGGAGCUGACAGAGGGGCGGAUCAAGCGGAUGGGGGCUCAGCCUAUGGGGCCAGACCUGGAGGAUGUUAAACACCAAGUAGAGGAACACAAACUGUUGCAGGAGGACCUAGAGUUGGAGCAGGUGCGUGUCAACUCUCUGACACACAUGGUGGUGGUGGUGGAUGAGAACAGUGGAGACAGCGCCACCGCUGCCCUGGAGGAGAAACUACAGCACCUGGGAGACCGGUGGGCAGCCAUCUGUAAGUGGACAGAGGAGCAUUGGGUUCUGCUACAGGAGAUCCUGCUCCAGUGGCAACACUUCACUGAGGAACAGUGUUCGUUUGACUCAUGGUUGACUCAGAAGGAGAAGUUGGUUCUGUCCAUCCAGAGCAGUGGCAUCAAGGAGCAGAGUGACAUGGUGGCCAACCUGAGAAGACUAGCGACGGUGAAGGGUGACCUGGAGAUGAAGAGACCGACCAUGGACAAGCUGUGUUCUCUGUGUCAGGACCUCGUCUCCUCAGUGAAGAACAAAGAGGUGGCUCAUAAGCUGGAAGCCAGGCUGGAGAGCUUCGCCCAACGCUGGGACAAACUGGUGCAGAGCCUGGAUAGGAGCAGCUCACAGAUCUCGCUGGCUGUAACCACGGUGCAGACCGCGCAGACGAAACUGACACACUCGGUGACGGCGAGCGUAUCCAAGGUGACGACGCGUGAGAAGGUGGUGGUGAAGAAUACUAAAGCAGCGCUGCCCUCUCCACCGCCCCAGAAGAAGAGACAGAUUGUUGUCGAAUCAGAGCUCAGGAAAAGGUUUGACAUGGACUUCACUGAGCUGCACAGUUUCAUCACGCGCUCCAAGGCCAUCCUACAGAGCCCAGAGUUCUCCAUGUCCAGGAAGGAGGGCAGCGUACAGGAGCUCCACGAUAAAGUCCUGGCGAUAGAGGGCGAGAGGCCAGAGAUGUCACCUCCUCUGCGGUUAUGA